AUGGACCCCCAAAAUAACAAGGGGACAUGCCCUGAAGAAAGUGCAGCCAGAAUGCUCUUUGAAGCCAAGAGUGAUCAAAAACUUCAUGUCUUGCACUUUGAGCAUUUUACUAGAAGAGGUCAUUCUUUGGAGAAGGACCACAUGCCCAUUCACAGGAAUAUACAUGAACACAAGCUUGUGUGGAAGAUACUGAAAACAGUUCCAGAGCUAACCUCUCAAUUAUCAGAUGAUUAUCUGAAAAGCCUUAGUAAAUGUGCCAUAUCUGAAACCUGGAUAAAAGGCAGCACAGUGGUGGGAAAUGAUGGAUUUUAUGUAAUACUCAAAGGGAUAGCUCGACCCCAAACAAGGGUGGAGAAAUGUCUGAUCAAAGAAAAGGAAAGAAGUACCUUCAGGCCUCAACAUAUCCAAAGUUCACUUUACAAGGACUGCACCAAAAGUUCUUCACUUCCGGAUAUAUACCUCUGCUCACAGGCUUCAUUGCUUAAACAGUGGAGUACUUUUGGGACUCUGAAAAUUUUACCUGAGAAUGCAUCUGAAACACAGGCAAACACAGUGAUGAUUGAAGAAGACUGCGAAAUUCUUAAAAUCCCUGCAAAGGAAUUUGCAAAGAUAAAAGAGGAAAACUCAAUGAUUGUGGAAAGUGGAAAUAUUAUUUCAUAUGUGGUUUACAUUAAUUCCGGAUAUUGUAGUAUUUAUAGAAGUAUCACAGGACUUGUGAAACUACCAUUAAAUAGAGUGAAAAAAGUUAGAAAGCUUGUUGAGAUGGGUACAGUUAAGGAGAAGGAGUCCUUUGGUGAGAUUAGUAUUCUUCUUCAGGUUCCAUUCAGCUGUACAGUCAUUACUGAAACAGAGCUUGAAGCUGGAAUCAUUGAGGAUAAAGAUCUACUUGGUAAAUAA